GGUUCUUCCAACAAAUUUAUAAACGCAGAGUCUCGUCUUCUCUCCCUAAAACCCAGAAUCUGAGAACCAAAUCGUUUCAAAAUCUUAGAAUUUUGUUGAAUCGUGGGUGAAAAUGGUUCGGAUAGAAAUGGAGGAAUCCGAGGACGAAGUUCCCAGUCCUCCGAAGGCCUCUGCAUCAACCCAAAAAACGACGGAUUCAAGCGGUGUUCCGUCAACAUCUAGUGCGAGCCAAGAACCUUCCGAUGGCUACGAGACUGCCAGCGAUGGGGAGCUUGGUGAUAGUGGUGAUGAGAAUCAACAGCAUCCUGAACAACAUCCAGAACACGAGGAACAAAUUGCCGCGCUAAGUGAAGAUGAGAUUAAAGAGAAAGCCUUGGCUGAAGCAAAUAAUGCAAAGUUGGCGGGCAAUAAACUGUUUGGAGAAGGGAAAUAUGAGGAAGCAAUAGUGGAGUAUGAUCGUGCUUUGAACAUUGCUCCGGACAUGCCCUCUGCAGCGGAGUUACGGUCCAUAUGCCAUGCCAACCGUGGCGUGUGUUUUCUGAAACUAGAAAAAUAUGAUGAGACGAUCAAAGCAUGCUCAAAGGCAAUUGAAAUCAAUCCUGCAUAUGUCAAAGCUUUGUCUAGAAGAGGAGAGGCUCACGAGAAGCUUGAACACUUUGAGGAGGCCAUUCAUGAUAUGAAAAAGAUAUUGGAAUUGGACUCAUCAAAUGACCAAGCUAAGAAGGCCAUCCGUCGCCUUGAACCAUUAGCCGAACAAAAACGAGAAAAGAUGAAAGAAGAGAUGAUUGGAAAGUUAAAAGACAUGGGCAAUUCUUUGUUGGGUCGUUUUGGCAUGAGCGUGGACAACUUCAAGGCUGUCAAAGACCCAAAUACUGGUUCCUAUUCGAUUUCAUUCCAACAAUAGCUUGGCUUUACCCAAUUUGUAUUUACGACGUCGAUGGUAAGAGAAAAGUAUACGGAAAAAGAAUAAAAAUCGAUACCCGUUUGUACCGGGCGUCGUUCAUUCCUGGAUUUAAUGAAUAUAACUGAUGGUAGUGUUAAAAUUUGGGGGUAUAGUUUUUACUUUGAUCUUUCAGACGGCAAAUUGCUGCUGUGUUUCCCAUGCAUGCUACCUUAUUUGUUGGUUGUACCUUGUGAUUGUUUAGUUUAAGGGUGAUUUGUGAGUUUAAUUAGUGCAA